AUGCUGCUGAUGAUGCUGCUGCUGCUGAUGAUGCUGAUGAUGCUGAUGUUGAUGUCACCAGAGGCUGAGCUGCAGCCAGACUACUGGGUGCAGGCUGCCCAAGAAACGUUGGCCCAGGCCCUGAAUCUCGCCCCCAACACCAACACAGCACGCAACGUCAUCCUCUUCCUGGGGGACGGCAUGGGUAUCCCCACCAUCACGGCCACGAGGAUCUUCAAGGGGCAGCUGCUGGGGCAGCCGGGUGAAGAUUUCCAACUCGCCAUGGACUCGUUCCCCUACGUGGCACUCUCCAAGACGUACAACACCAACGCCCAGGUCCCAGACAGUGCCGGUACAGCCACGGCCUAUCUGUGUGGGGUCAAGGCGAAUGAGGGCACCGUGGGUCUCAGCGCCGCGGCCAGACGCAGCGAAUGCACCACAGCAAACGGCAAUGAGGUCACCUCCAUCCUGCGCUGGGCCAAGGACGCGGGCAAGUCGACGGGCAUCGUCACGACGACACGUGUGAGUCACGCCACUCCCAGCGCCGCUUAUGCCCACAGCGUGGAGCGGGACUGGUACAGCGACGCCAACUUGCCCGCCGACGCCGUCGGCAAGUGCAAGGACAUCUCGCUGCAGCUCGUGGAGAACAUUCCAGGCAUCAAUGUGGUGAUGGGUGGAGGCAGACACUACAUGCUCCCUAACACCACCCAGGACCCAGAAUACCCCGGCAGGAUGGGCGGCCGCAGAGACGGGAGAGACCUCGUGAAAGAGUGGAUGAAUAAAUCGGAAAACUCGAACGGAAAGUACGUGUGGAACAGAGAACAACUACUGGCUGUUGAUGUCUCCAAGACUGACCACCUCCUGGGCCUGUUUGAACCGAUGGACAUGCUCUACGAACUGGACAGGAACAAGACGGUGGACCCGUCUCUCGUGGAGAUGGUGAAAGUGGCGCUCAGAAUCCUCACCAAGAACCCCAAAGGAUUCUUCUUACUGGUAGAAGGUGAGUGGGUCAGGGGAGGAGUGAUGGCUCCUCACCAGCUCGCUCACCAGCUCGCUCACCAAC